AUGGAUCAACAAGCUGCACAAGCAGCCCAUGCGGCUCGUGGCCGGUCGCCAUCUACCGGCCAUCAGCCUCACCAUAUAAGAAAUAGUCAUUCGCCCUCCCCAUCCUACCAGUCCCCGGAAUCAAGCAACGUUGGCUUAGGUCUUAACCUCGACAGCACAGCAACAAACAUCCCGCACUUCACCCCCAGUGAUUUCAGCAACUUCAAUAAUAACAACAACAAUCAGUUCCUUAACACGUCCCAGCCACAGGUCUAUCCCAACCAGGGCAUAGCCGAAGCCACUUCUUUCGACUCGAACCCGGAUUUCACCCAGCCCUACAACCCUCAGAGCCAAGCCGACUUCUCCCAGAACCUGCUGGCUCCCGCAUACAACGGCAGUGGCGACUUCUCCCUGUUCCCGCCCACAACCCAAGGCGACCAGUUCAAUACCACUCCCCUCUUCGGUGACCUCUCGCAGGCGACCGCGCCCGCCAGCAUGACUUCUCCACAGAUACACCAUUCCCCUACUCCACCGCAUCACUUGAAGCCAGACCCGCAACCUGGCUCCGCACACCAGUCGCCGUCCUUCAACCAGCAUCAGUUCUCCUCGCCGCCAGGGCGACACUCGAGGAACGCCUCGUUGGGUCCUGAGGCGGCGCUCAUGGCUGGGCACGGGGACUGGACACAGGCGCAUUUUCAGGGGCAUCGCAGAACACCGUCAGAAUAUUCCGACAUGUCGUCGGCUGCGCCCUCGCCACACUUGGUUGGCCAGGAAUUUGACGGGGCGCAUUCCGACCAUGGGAACUCGCCGAUGCAGCGACCCCAGGAUGGCUUCUAUGACAAUGUGAACGCCGGCUUCAACAACUUCAGCAUCUCAGACCCACAGAUGGCGCGUAGCAGCCGAAGCCCGUCGCAUAGCCCGGCCAUAUCACCCCGCAUCGUGCCCCAGCAGAUGCCCGAGAUGGGCCAACCCACACAAAACUACUCGCUCGGUGGGCAGAUCCAAGGAUAUGUCAGCGCGCCAAGCAUUAGUUACCCUGUGACGAGCGCAGAAGCGUUCCCGAAUCUGCCGCCUGACGGCGGCAUGAUGGCGCCUCCCUCUAUCAAUAUCGACUUCGCGCCUAACUCGCGCCAGAACACGUUUGAGUCGCAAAAGGUUUCAUUGGAUCAGUCGUCCCUGACGCCGCCUGACAGAGGCCGUCAACGAAGUCGACCGCGUGCGUCCACCGAUCCGUACAACAGCGGCGGGGCCGGUAUAUCCAGACCUAACACACCGGGGAGCUUGUCGCCACAUCUCGGGGCCGAUUUGGCUAACCGACCUGGAUCUGAAUCUUCUCGAUCACUGUCCCCCGGAGACCGGUCAGGCAGCGCCAACGCAGCCUCGAGGCGACGGCAAUCCAUGUCGGCCGUGCCAAAUAACGUCAUCGCGUUGAGGCUGGCGGAUCCCGAGUACCAGGCGGCGCAAGAUAACGGCAAUACCAAGAGGGUUCAAAAGCAUCCUGCCACCUUCCAAUGCACGCUUUGUCCCAAGAGGUUCACUCGAGCGUACAAUCUGCGCUCCCAUCUGCGCACUCACACGGAUGAGCGCCCUUUUGUUUGCACGGUAUGUGGAAAGGCGUUUGCUAGACAGCACGAUAGGAAACGCCACGAAGGACUGCACUCUGGGGAGAAGAAGUUUGUCUGCAAAGGUGAUUUGAAGGCUGUUGGCCAAUGGGGCUGUGGCAGACGCUUUGCUCGAGCCGAUGCGCUUGGACGACACUUCCGAUCUGAAGCGGGCCGGAUUUGCAUCAAGCCAUUAUUGGACGAGGAGAUGCUUGAGAGGCAACGUCUUUGGAACGAACAGCGGAUGGCGCAAAACAUGGCGGCUCAGCAACAAGUUAUGGGCAUGGAUCCCAAUGUAUACCCGCCUAUGGAUGCCAGCGGCUUCGCUCUGCCAGCUUCUUUGCUAGCUCAAUACCCUGCGCUAGCUCAAAUGAACUGGCAGGCUCAGGAUAUGGGCAAUGUUGAAGAUGAGCUCAGCGGUCGGUCGAGUUAUGAUGCCUCUGAUUAUGAAGAAGGCGAGGAAACGGGCUACGUCAGUGGUCCUGGUACCGGUUUUGGCGAAGGAGGGAUGCAACAAAAUUUCGGAGAGAUCGGAUACACCAGUGACUAUGGCGGUCGCUAA